UUUGAUUUAUUUCUCCUUUUUUUCUCGCUCUUAUACGUGUGCUGUUCUGUUUGACUACAUUUCCCAUGGUGCACUGCGGGCGUAAUAUGCCGCCAUAUCGAGCUACACACAACUGGAAGCGUUCACAACACAGAAAGAGAGGCGAACCUUCUCUUUAUUAGUGGGCAAAGAUGACUCAGACAGUUCAGACAAAUGGGGUCCAACCCCUCAGCAAGACCUGGGAGCUGAGUCUCUACGAGCUACAGAGAACUCCACAGGAGGCCAUCACAGAUGGUCUGGAGAUAGCCGUGUCCCCCCGUAGCUUACACAGCGAGCUGAUGUGUCCCAUCUGCCUGGACAUGCUGAAGAAUACCAUGACCACUAAGGAGUGCCUGCACCGCUUCUGUGCAGACUGCAUCAUCACAGCCCUCAGAUCUGGGAACAAGGAGUGUCCGACGUGCAGAAAGAAGCUGGUGUCGAAGCGUUCGCUCCGUCCCGACCCCAACUUCGAUGCCCUGAUCAGUAAAAUAUACCCCAGCAGAGACGAAUACGAGGCCCACCAGGAGAGAGUGCUGGCCCGCAUCAGCAAGCACAACAACCAGCAGGCCCUCAGCCACAGCAUUGAGGAGGGCCUCAAGAUCCAGGCCAUGAACAGACUGCAGCGGGGGAAGAAGCACCAGAUUGAGAACGGCAGCGGCGCAGAGGACAACGGGGACAGUUCACACUGCAGCAAUGCUUCAGUGCACAGUAACCAGGAGGCAGGUCCCAGUAUCAAACGCACCAAAACCUCAGACGACUCAGGCCUGGACAUGGACAACGCCACAGAGAACGGCGGAGGGGACAUGGCCCUGGAUGGAGCCAGUGAGAUCGAGCUUGUGUUCAGGCCUCAUCCCACGCUGAUGGAGAAAGAAGACGCCGCACAAACAAGGUACAUCAAGACUUCGGGGAACGCCACAGUGGAUCAUCUCUCCAAAUACCUGGCUGUGAGACUCGCCUUGGAGGAGCUGCGCAAGAACGGAGGGGCCAGUCCCAUCAAUGUGGAGGCGGCCAGCGAAAAACAGUACACCAUCUACAUCCCCACAGCCAACAACCAGUUCACUGUCCUGAACGGCUCCUUCUCUCUGGAGCUGGUGAGUGAGAAAUACUGGAAGGUGAAUAAACCCAUGGAGCUGUACUUCGCACCCACGAAGGAGCACAAAUGAAUCCAGUGAUACACAAGGGUCUGAAACGGCCCGGGACGGACUGAUGGAGCUUCAUUUCCUCUCCUUUCCCUUAUUUCUCUCUCUCUCUGUCUCUGUCUCUCUCCCAAACACUCUCUCUCUCUCUCUCUCUCUCUCUCUCUCUCUCUCUCUCUUAUUUUCUCUUUUUCUCUCUCUCUCCUUUUCUCUCUUGUCUGGAGUACAUUAGUCAUAGAGCGCUUGCUCUUCAACAACUGUGGCUGCUUUUUUUUUUUUUUUUUCCUUUCUUUUUCCCCCUUUACUUUUUUUUU